AUGGCGACGCCUUCGCCUCCAAAACCCUGGGAAAGAGCAGGCGCAGCUGGUAAGUUGGGGGACCUCCGCUUGGUUCGGCCCCGACCGAUGGGACGAAGCGGUCGAUUCAGUUCUCCAUCAAAGCAUCCAUCUGACUCAAAGUCUCUCGCAGGAAACGCACUAUCAUCAACAGCAGUCGCCGGUACCCCGGUUGCCUCGACCGCCAUGACUACCACCAACCCCGCAACAUCGGGUGGCGCCCCCGACCUCCCAGACCGCCCCAAUACCCUCAACUCCGUGGUCAACAGCACCGCCUCAAACUACUCGCCCUACGGCGCCUCGCGACUCGGCACAAGCGCGUACGGAACUGGCAUGGGAGGCUACGGCACCAUGGGCGGUAUGGGUAGUUAUUCAUCGCCGUACUCCCGCUUCGGCUCCAUGGGCGGCAUGGGCUCCAUGUACGGUGGCGGCUAUGGUGGCUACGGAGGUGGCAUGUAUGGAAUGGGUGGCAUGGGUGGUAUGGGCGGCAUGUACGGUGGUGGCAUGCCGGGACAGGAUCCCAAUGACCCUAACAGUCUGACCAACUCGUUCGGUCAGAGCACCCAGGCCACCUUUCACAUGAUCGAAAGCAUCGUGGGCGCCUUUGGAGGCUUUGCCCAGAUGCUGGAGAGCACUUACAUGGCCACCCACAGCUCAUUCUUUGCAAUGGUCUCGGUCGCAGAACAGUUUGGAAACCUGCGCAACACCCUCGGCUCAGCCCUGGGAAUCUUCACAAUCAUUCGGUGGUUCCGCACAUUGAUCGCCAAAUUGACGGGCCGUCCUCCCCCGGCCGAUGCCACAUCUCUGACGCCCGCUGCCUUUGCUUCGUUCAUGGGCCGAUCGGGCCCCGUCACUCUUCCCGAUGGCUCCCCCGCUCCCGCCAAGCCAUCCAAGAAGCCCUUCUUCAUGUUCUUGAUCGCCCUAUUCGGUCUCCCCUAUCUGAUGGGCAAGCUGAUCAAGACAAUGGCGCGCUCUCAAGAAGAAGAGGCCAAGCGUCGCCAGCAGCUCGUCGGUCCCAACGGCGAGCCCGGUGCCGCUGCCCUCGACCCAGCCAAGCUGGACUUCUGCCGCCUCCUCUACGACUACACACCCGAGACCCAAGAGUCCAACGGCAUCGAUCUGGCCGUCAAGAAGGGCGACAUCGUCGCCGUCCUCAGCAAGUCUGACCCCAUGGGCAAUGCCUCCGAGUGGUGGCGCUGCCGUGCCCGCGACGGCCGUGUCGGAUACCUUCCCGGUCCUUACUUGGAGACUAUCCAGCGUCGUCCGACCCAAGCCAUCACCGCAGGCACUGAACCUGCCAGCCGCACUUCUACGAUGAACGGCGAGUCCGCAGGUCGCACACAGAGUCUGUCGGCUCUGAAGCCUGAUCAAAAGCCCGAGAUCAAGGGCAAGAUCGGCGACAUCUCUCCCGAUAGUUUCCAGAAGAGCGCCUUCUACUCAUGA